AUGGGUGCCAACGGAUUUCCCUGCUGUGACCAGAAGUCUGUGGAGAUUGUGGACAUGCGGGAUGACUUAAACCAACACCCGUUUUACAAUCCCUGGAUGGUACAAGAGGAAGAAGAAAAGAUAGAGUUCCAGGCCAGUGUGGGCACUCACACGCCACCCUCACAGCUGGAGAAGGAAUUGCUAGAGCAGGAGCCCCCACCCAAAGCGAACCUGGACCUGGACCUGGAGCCGGACCCAGACCUGGACCCGGUCCCAGAACUGGAGCUCAUGGCUUUGCUGAAGUCAGAGCUGCAGCCAGCACCCACGCCUGAAGCUGAGAGGGCCAAGUGGAAGGUGACCAAUGGCAACGAAGACCUUGGGACGCAGGGGUACAGGAUAGAGUCCGUCCACCCCUACAUAGAAGGGCUGCCAAUGCUGCACAACUUCAGACCGUGGAGUGUGAGUUCAAACACCAGUUACCUGAGCUCCCUGGGGGAGAGACCGGUGCCCACUGACCAUCGCUCCAUCCCCGUGCAGACCUCCAAGCACCUCUUCUGGGCAAACAAGUUCACCCAGGCCUCAGAACACAGCCUGCAGCAGGAGAUCAACAAGCAGCUCCACAAGAGCAGUACGGACAAGAUGACCAGCCACCAGCAUUACGUCCCCACCAACACUCUGUGCUCCAAGAAGCACUUCCAUGCCUCCACUGCGCACACAGCUCUUCCAGCCACAAGCUCCCAGCCGCCACCAAGCGCCCACCUGUCCUCCUCCAGUCUCUCGCCAGCCAUCAGCCUGGCAGAGCUAAUCAACUUUGCAUCUUCCCUGGCCCUGGCCUCCUCCAGCAAGACAGACUUGCCCAGUUUGGAGCACAGGAUCAAAGCUAAACUCCAGAAGCCCGUGGAGCCUUUCACAGAGCCCGUCCGGCCCGCUACAAACCAGCAAGAGCUGGAAAAGCCCAAGGAGACACUGCCAAAGAAACCACCCGAAGCCAGGGAGCUGCAGAAAACUUGGAAUCAGGAAGGCAAGAGUUUCUCUCACCCUUACCUUGACUUCAGCAAGCUGGGGAACAAGAGGACCACUAUUGAAGGGGAAGUGAAGCUUCUCCAGUCUCCAGCCACAUCCCCCGACCAGCUGCAGGGAGCCAAGGAAAACUCAGUGCUGGGAACCAAGAAAGGGAAUCCAUUAUUGCUGCAAAUUCAUUUUAAGCUGUCAUCCCCCUCCACCCCAGAGCAAUGA